AUUCGUCCCCUUCCCUUUCCUUUCUCUCUCUAAAAAACAAAACAAUCUCCAAUUCUCGUUUCUCUCUCUAAAAAAUGGCAACCGGGUUGCUCAAGAAAGGCCUCUCGAUCGCCAGGCUCGCCAAAACGGCACCGUUUAUCGGUUCAAGAUUGAUCCCAACAAGAUUUCACGCAUCAGAAGCUGAAGCACAAAAAAUCGAAUCAAAAGCAAGCUCAUCAACAAAUCUCAAAACUUUUCAAAUAUACCGAUGGAACCCAGACAACCUAUCAAAGCCCGAGCUCAAAGAUUACGAAAUUGACCUCAAAGAAUGCGGCCCAAUGGUUCUCGACGCCCUAAUCAAGAUCAAGAACGAGAUCGACCCAACCCUAACUUUUCGCAGAUCGUGCCGCGAGGGAAUUUGCGGCUCCUGCGCGAUGAACAUUGAUGGGUGCAAUGGGUUGGCUUGUUUGACAAAGAUUGAAUCUGGGUCGAGCUCGACCGUCACGCCUUUGCCCCAUAUGUUUGUGAUUAAAGAUUUGGUGGUGGAUAUGACGAAUUUUUAUAAUCAGUAUAAGAGUAUUGAGCCGUGGCUGAAGAGGAAGAGCCCGUCGGCUGACGGGAAGGAGAUUCCGCAGAGUAAAAAGGAUAGGGCUAAGCUGGAUGGGAUGUAUGAGUGUAUUUUGUGUGCUUGUUGUAGUACUUCUUGCCCUAGUUAUUGGUGGAACCCUGAAUCUUAUUUGGGCCCUGCUGCUUUGCUCCAUGCUAAUAGGUGGAUCAGCGAUAGUCGUGAUGAAUAUACUAAUGAGCGUCUGAAUGCAAUUAACGAUGAAUUCAAACUCUACCGUUGCCAUACCAUAUUGAAUUGUGCCCGUGCUUGUCCUAAAGGUUUGAACCCUGGAAAGCAGAUCAUGCAUAUCAAGCAGCUCCAGAUGGCAGGAGGCGCAUAAUAAGUUUUUAGGUUGGAGAAGGAUGAGGAUGUGCAACUGACUGUUAUUCUAGGAUUUUGUUUUGGAGGAUCCAACAAUUUUAUAUUUCACAUUUAUAAUAAUAUUUGCACUGUAUCGUACAUCCCCAUUGUAUUUAAGUUGAGGAUUGAAGUGUAAUGCCCUUCUUUCCCCAAUAAAUGUUUAUAGAACUUAUUGAAAUUA